GGAGCUUUUGCUGGGGACCCUGCUCUGGCUUAGGCAGCUGCUGUGGGCGGGCCCCUGGCCUUCCCAGCCCCUCGGCCUCCCCCUGCAUUCUAGAGCCCAGAGCUGCUGCCUUUGCCGCCGCCGCCGCUGGGCUGCCACCUCUCCUUCUCAGCCACCGGCCACUCGCUGCUCUCCCACCCCCCACCCAGUUGUUUCUCUCAUCAGGCCAUGACCCCAGCCUCCCCAGGGACCCUGGCCCAGCCCUGAGCCCCAGGACCUCCAGUCCCCUCCUUUCCUCCCCUCGGCCAUGGCCAACUCAGGCCUCCAGCUCCUGGGCUACUUCCUGGCCCUGGGUGGCUGGGUGGGCAUCAUCGCCAGCACAGCCCUCCCACAGUGGAAGCAGUCCUCGUACGCGGGCGAUGCCAUCAUCACGGCCGUGGGCCUCUACGAAGGACUCUGGAUGUCCUGCGCGUCCCAGAGCACCGGGCAGGUGCAGUGCAAACUCUACGACUCACUGCUCGCCCUGGAAGGUCACAUCCAGUCUGCCCGAGCCCUGAUGGUAGUGGCCGUGCUCCUGGGCUUUGUGGCCAUGGUCCUCAGUGUGGUUGGCAUGAAGUGCACCCGAGUUGGAGACAGUAACCCCAUCGCCAAGAGCCGCAUAGCCAUCUCUGGGGGUGCCCUCUUCCUCCUGGCAGGCCUCUGCACUUUGACAGCCGUCUCGUGGUAUGCCACCCUGGUGACCCAGGAGUUCUUCAACCCCAGCACACCUAUCAAUGCCAGGUACGAGUUCGGCUCGGCCCUGUUCGUGGGCUGGGCCUCCGCCGGCCUGGCCAUGCUGGGGGGCUCCUUCCUCUGCUGCACGUGCCCGGAGCCCGAGAGAGCCAACAGCACCCCGCAGCCCUACCGGCCCGGCCCCUCGGCUGCUGCGCGAGAACCAGUUGUUAAAUUGUCCGCCUCCGCCAAGGGUCCCCUGGGUGUGUAAUGUCCAGGUCCCCAACCUGUCCCCCCGCCACACCUAGACUGUGUGAUUGGUAAUUUUUGGAAAGAGAAGUGAACAUCUAGCCUCAA